GUAGAUUUUGUCAACGUGAAAGGUGUGCACGGAGACUUGACUUGAUGUUUGUCUUGUAUAUGUUGUAGCUCAGACAAUUUCACGUUGUAAAGCAUGAGGUAUGCACAACUGGUUAUGGGACCCGCUGGAAGCGGAAAGUCCACUUACUGUUCUGCAAUACUCCAACACUGUGAAAACGUACAGCGCACAGUUCAUGUGGUUAAUCUUGAUCCUGCAGCUGAGCACUUUGACUAUCACGUUCUUGCUGAUGUGCGUGAGCUGGUUGAAUUAGAGGAUGUCAUGGAAGCUGAUGAUUUGCGACUUGGGCCAAAUGGAGGACUUGUUUUUUGUAUGGAGUACCUUGUACAGAAUUUUGAUUGGUUGGAAGAAAAACUGGGAGAUGCCGAUGACGAUUACAUCUUAUUUGAUUGUCCAGGCCAAAUAGAACUUUACACUCAUAUGCCUAUGAUGAGACAAUUGGUACAGACCUUAAACCAUUGGGACUUCAGGGUAUGUGGUGUGUUCCUGAUUGAUUCUCAGUUUAUGGUGGACUGUAGCAAGUUCUUUGCUGGAAUUCUUACUGCAUUGUCAGCAAUGAUUCAAUUGGAGAUUCCUCACAUUAAUGUUAUGAGUAAGAUGGAUUUGCUUAACAAGAAGCAAAUGAAACAAGUGGAUAGAUUUCUGGACCCAGAUCCACGAGAUCUUGUAGAAGACCUUGAAUCAAGUACAAACAAGAGGUUUAAGAGGCUUAAUAAAGCACUGGCACAACUGAUUGAUGAUUACAGUAUGGUGUCAUUUGUGCCUCUAAACCUCAGUGAUGAAAAUUCCAUCAUGAAUGUGCUCAUUCAGAUUGAUAAUGCAAUACAGUAUGGGGAGGAUUUGGAUGUUCGUGAAAUGAAGGAUAAUGAGCAAGAUGACGAUGCUACUGGUGCAGAUGAUGGCAGCUGAUCUGAAAUUUACCUGGAAUAUGUGCAGUGAUGGUGCUUCAAUUGCUGAACAGUCUGUGUGACUGAAGUUACAACUAAAUUUAGGAAGUGUUUCAUUAAAGUGCUGUGGAAAAAGAACAGUCUGACUGCACUUCUAGGAAAUUAAAGAGCAGAGGUUUAGUGGAAUCCUGCAAAGGCGCACUGGACAAGAAAAGAUGCCCUUCACAAGCUUUGUGUCACAUCAUAUGUUCAGUUCUUUACUAAGUUACUUUGUAUGCUGGUCAGAACAAAGUUCACAAAGACCUGUUUGAUGUAGUAACUUAUACAAAGAAGAGAAAAGACAAAUAAAACAAGGGAAACAUCAA